AUGACCACCACCACGACGAAAGGUAUCCUCCGCUUCAGCAUCCCAGACGAAUCCGUAACAGCAGAACAACGCGCCUUCUUCGCCACACCCCAAAACAAAGACUUCGUCAAACAAGAGGCCGAGCUCCUCGAUUUCAACAACUCGGACAUUGUAAAAGGAGCGCAAGGUCUCGACGUUCAAGGUUUCACCUGGAUCCAUCACAAAUCUCAAAUUGCGACCUCAGAAAAUGCUUGCAACGGGAAAUUCUUCGAGGGCUCGAAUAUCGAGGACUUGUAUCUACCAGAAUUGGAAAGAUUGAUCGAGAACGUGACAGGCUGUAAGAAGGCUGUGGUUUGGAACGGGGUGACGAGAAGGAAACUGCCGGUUCGUCAGGAUGGGCAACCGACAGUGCAGCAAAAGAAGGGUGGGGAACAGGAUCGGAUUUUUGAUGCAUUGAGGAGAGAUGUGCCUACGAGUAGGUCCAUUUUACUUCUUGGAGGUGGAACGCUGAUUGACGAAUUUAGUCUCUGGAAAAAGUGUAGCCAGCUCCCUCGAACCAGUCCGAAACGUGCACGUCGACUUGAAUAA